ACAACAACUGUCCUAUCCUGUCACUCUGUCAGUCGAUUCGAACAACAUGGGUGUUUUAGCGGAGCUAGCUGGUGAUGAAAACAGCGGAGAAGGUGCUCGCACUUUUGUCUUCGAAGACGAAGGCCAUACGCUAGGAAAUUCACUCAAAACCAUCAUCAGUCGAUAUCCCGAUGUUGAUUUCUGUGGCUACACCAUACCCCAUCCAACAGAAAAUAAGCUCCACUUUCGUAUUCAAUCGCGGCAGAGUCGAGCAAUUGAUAUAUUGAAAAGAGGCUUAGAGGAUCUUGACAAACUAUGUGACUACACAAUCGAAACCUUCGAAAAAGAAAUUAAAGCUUUCAACGAAAAUAAAGUUAUGAUUUAAUUCAUAUUAAGAAUGUGAAAAGA